AUUGUCAGGAACCCUCUUUUUUUUGUUUUUUUUUUUGGUGAAUUUGUCAGGAAACCUCUUGAUACAAGUAAAAACCCUAAAAUAAAACACGCACCAAAAGCUAUCCGCAGCCAGCCACCUCCAUCGACUGCCCGAAUCCAACGAUAUGAUCCGCUACGCCUUCCGGAGCUCCGCCAACUUCAUCCCCUCCAUUCCUCGAACUUCCUUCACAUCGAUUAUGGCCACCAUUUCGAGCAUUAUCAUUACCGUUUUCAUCCAUUGAAGUUUCAAAUCCGUACCUGUAGCAAGCACUUAUCUACAAGCACAGGGUUUGAUCCAAUAUAUAUAUAUAUAUAUAUAUAAAUAUAUCGGGUCGGGUUCUCAUAGUUAUCGCAUUUAAGAGUUCGGAGUUGAUUUGCUGGCAUUCGUGUAGAAAUGGCUACCCUGAAGAGUUAUAGCGUGUGCUUGAGGGAGUCUACUCUCCAGCUUCCGCGUCACGGUCUGAGCGAUGGCUAUAAAAGGAGGAAUGUGAAAUUGAGGCCACAAGCAGCCAUUAUUCCUAACUUUCAUCUUCCAAUGCGUAGCUUCGAAGUUAAAAACAGGACAUCAUCAGAAGAUAUAAAGUCUCUUAGAUUGAUAACUGCCAUCAAAACCCCAUAUCUACCUGAUGGAAGAUUUGAUCUUGAAGCAUAUGAUGCCUUGCUGAAUACACAAAUUGUAAACGGUGCUGAGGGUGUAAUUGUUGGUGGUACAACAGGUGAAGGUCAAUUGAUGAGCUGGGAUGAACAUAUAAUGCUAAUUGGCCACACUGUCAACUGUUUUGGUGGCUCAAUUAAGGUUAUUGGAAACACUGGAAGCAACUCCACAAGGGAAGCAAUCCAUGCCACUGAACAGGGUUUUGCUGUUGGAAUGCAUGCUGCCCUUCAUAUUAAUCCUUAUUAUGGCAAAACUUCUUUGGAGGGGAUGGUUUCACACUUUGAUAGUGUGAUAUCCAUGGGCCCUACUAUCAUAUAUAAUGUGCCAUCGAGGACUGGGCAAGAUAUUCCCCCAGGUGUGAUUCAUACAUUGGCACAAAGUGCUAACUUGGCUGGUGUUAAGGAGUGUGUAGGAAAUGAUCGGAUUGAACAAUAUACUGGCAAUAGAAUUGUUGUUUGGAGUGGGAAUGAUGAUCAAUGCCAUGAUGCUAGGUGGAGCCAUGGGGCUACUGGGGUCAUAUCUGUUACAAGCAACUUGGUUCCAGGUUUGAUGCAUCAACUCAUGUUUGGUGGCAAGAACCCUUCCCUGAAUGCAAAGCUCUUACCUCUUAUGAAUUGGCUUUUCGAUGAGCCAAACCCCAUUGGCUUGAACACGGCGCUUGCUCAACUUGGGGUUGUGAGGCCAGUCUUCAGGUUGCCAUAUGUGCCUCUUCCUCUGGCAAAGAGGGUGGAAUUCGUGAAGUUGGUCAAGGAGAUUGGGCGAGAGAAUUUUGUCGGAGAAAAAGAUGUUCAGGUUCUCGAUGAUGAUGAUUUCAUCUUAGUGAGUCGGUAUUAAAAAUGCUAUUUCAGUUUAGAGACUACUGGUCUUUGUUAUCGUUUCUAUUUUAGUUCUACCAAAAUUUGUAAACAAGUAUGUUUUACUUCACCAUGGCCGGUCAAACCGUGGGUUGGUGUUAACCUUAUAUGAGUAUAUUGUGUUUUGGAUAAAUAAUUGUUGUGUGGUUCCGUUUCUGAAUCAGCUUAGCUAGCUUGGAUGUUUUAGUGUCGGUGCUUCUUGCUAUCAGCCUACCUCAUAUAGUGGUAAUACCAAUAAAUGAUUAUUAUUCUGCA